UUUGAGACUUUGGAGCAUGAGAAUCACAGUCCACAUGAACCAAACUAUGAACUACAAUUCCCCACAUGAUCACUCUCUGUCUCUCUCUCUCUCUCUCUCUCUCUCUCUCUCUAAGAUGAGCUUGAGAGAAGACAAUGGUGAGGUGUAAAAGAUGAAGAAGAAGAUUGUGUAUGUGUUAUGUAUCUUCCAUGGCCUGCCAUUGUGCCUGCUAUGCUUUCUUCCAAUCACCACAGAGGGAUUUCCUCAACAAAACAAAGUUUAAACCAUCAUGCAGAUCGAGUCCUGUUCUCCUUUCUUCCAUAAACAAUACUGGAGUCUCGUACAAUCCUCUUGUCUCUGAGGCUGCUAGGCUUUUCGGUCCUCCGGCAAGAUUCGAAGCUUCAAAGCUGAAAGUAAUUUACAUGGGAGAAGACUUGAACAAGUGUUCAGGAAUUAUUCCAAGAACCUACAUCCUAUCCCACUGUGACUUUACUGCUAACUUAACCUUAACUAUCUCUAAUGUCAUCAACCUUGAUCAGUUGAAUGGAUGGUAUAAUAAGGAUGAUGUAGUUGCAGAAUGGAAGAAAGUGAACGAUCAAAUGUGUCUUCAUGUCCAUUGCUUUAUCAGUGGUCCCAAUCCCCUGCUAGACCUGGCUGCUGAGUUUAGAUACCACAUAUUCUCGAAGGAAUUGCCUUUGGUGCUCAAAGCUGUACUACAUGGAGAUUCAGUACUUUUUGGAGAGCAUCCGGAGUUACUGAAUGCUUUGGUGAGGGUAUAUUUCCAUUCUAGUUUGCAAAAGUAUAAUCGGACAGAAUGUUGGGGUGCUCUAAAGAAUGCUGCAGUGGGAAGACAAGGGGACCAAACCCAAGGGUUAUUAAGUGGAAGUGAAGAUGGUUUAACGCAGAAGUGGAGACGCCCAAAAUCCAUCAUCCAAGUUCUUUUUGCCUUCCUUCUUUGAAGUACUGCACAUAACAGGCCGGCAGCUUGAAUCAUAAACGGUUUUUCUAAUCUUCAUGCCAAAGAGACAGCAAUUUGCAGGUGACUGGGCCAAAAUCAGGAUUCAUUAUUCUUAGUGAAGCCCUUAAGAAGCUCUUAGGGGAAGUGAUAAAGGCCAAGCUCACAUAAGAAAUGUGGAAGUACUUGAUUCUUUACAAUUCACACACUCAUUCAAAUGGAAUAUUGACACAAUUCUUGUGUAGCUGAGACGAUUUCCUUCAUUUGUUGAAUCAGAAAAGGGCUGAUGUCUUUGGUUGGAUUUUUGUGUAUGUGUCAAUUCUAUUCUAUCUCAAAGGAAGCUAAGCUCAAGAGGUGAUGAUUACUAUGCAUGGUAUGUUUCAUUUA